AUGAUCCAGGUGCGCCGGUUCCGCGUGCUCGUGCUGAUGGUGUUCCUCGUGGCCUGCGCGCUGCACAUCGCGCUGGACCUGCUGCCGCGGCUGGAGAGGCGCGCGCGGCCCCCGGGGGAGCCCGGCUGCUCCUGCGCGCAGCCGGGUGAGGCGGCGGCCGGCUGGGCCCAGGCGCGCGGCCGCCCCGGGGAGCCCUCCGCCGCUGGGGACCCGGGCUGGCCGCACAAGCACACGCUGCGCAUCCUGCAGGACUUCAGCUCCGACCCGGCCUCCAACCUCACGUCCCACUCGCUGGAGAAGCUGCCGCCCGCCGAGCCGGCCGAGGGCGCCGUGCGGGGCCAGGACCCCAGGGUGCCCCGACCCCGCGGCCCGGCCCACCGGCCUCCGCUUCGAGACCCCGGCCCCCGGCGGCCCGCGCCGCUGCCCGGCCCCAGCGGGGACGGCUCGCUCCUGGCCCGGCUGUUCGAGCACCCGCUGUACCGGGUGGCCGUGCCCCCGCUGACUGAGGACGACGUCCUCUUCAACGUGAACAGCGACAUCAGGUUCAACCCCAAGGCGGCGGCGGCGGCGGAGAACCCCAACUGGCCGCACGCCGGCCCCGAGGGCGAGGACUUCGCACCCACGGGGGAGGCGGCUGUGGACAGCUACCCCAACUGGCUCAAGUUCCACAUCGGCAUCAACCGGUACGAGCUGUACUCCAGGGACAGCCCUGCGGUCGAUGCCCUGCUGCGGGACCUGGGCACCCAGAAGAUAACCAGUGUGGCCAUGAAGUCGGGGGGCACUCAGCUCAAGCUCAUCAUGACGUUCCAGAACUACGGGCAAGCCCUAUUCAAGCCCAUGAAGCAAACGAGAGAGCAGGAGACACCCCCUGACUUUUUCUAUUUCUCGGACUACGAGAGGCACAAUGCGGAGAUCGCUGCCUUCCACCUGGACAGGAUCCUGGACUUCCGCCGUGUGCCCCCUGUGGCCGGCAGGAUGGUCAACAUGACCCGGGAGAUCCGGGACGUCACGCGGGACAAGAAGCUGUGGAGAACCUUCUUCAUCUCCCCAGCCAACAACGUGUGCUUCUACGGGGAGUGCUCCUACUACUGCUCCACGGAGCACGCCCUGUGCGGGAAGCCGGACCAGAUCGAGGGCUCGCUGGCGGCCUUCCUGCCGGACCUGUCCCUGGCCAAGAGGAAGACGUGGCGGAACCCGUGGCGACGCUCGUACCACAAACGCAAGAAGGCGGAGUGGGAAGUGGACCCCGACUACUGCACCGCGGUGAAGCAGACACCCCCAUACGACCGCAGCCACCGCAUCCUGGACAUCAUGGACAUGACCAUCUUUGACUUCCUCAUGGGGAACAUGGACCGCCAUCACUAUGAGACUUUUGAGAAGUUUGGGAACGACACCUUCAUCGUCCACCUGGACAACGGGAGAGGGUUUGGAAAAUACUCCCAUGACGAGCUUUCCAUUCUGGUUCCUUUACAGCAGUGCUGCAGAAUCCGCAAGUCCACCUACCUGCGGCUGCAGCUGCUGGCCAGGGAGGAGUACAAGCUGAGCCUGCUGAUGGCCGAGUCCCUGCGGCAGGACCGGGUGGCGCCCGUGCUGUUCCAGCCGCACCUGCAGGCCCUGGACCGGCGGCUGCGCCUGGUGCUGCAGGCCGUGGGCACCUGCGUGGAGAAGGACGGGCUGGGCCACGUGGUGCAGGACGACCUCCACCCCCUGGACCCUGGGCACAGAGGCUUGGCCGACAGAGACCAGACCCCAGACUCACGGACAGCCGCCCUGCGCCAGGCUCCCCGCCGAGGCUCUCGCGCUGUGAACUUAACUUAA